AUGUUUACUUUGUGGCAUCGCUCUCACCAACGAUCAUCGUCUCCAAUUUUGCCCAUGACUGAUCCUCAAGUACUCGCCGCAUCCUCGGCAUUGUCGUCUCCCAAGGACUCUACGACCGACGCUAUAGGCACUCAUUCUAGAGGCCUCGUGCAGCCACGUCCGGCGUCAGAUGGAAGCUCGAGCAACAACGGUAUCAACGGAACUUCCGCAUCAGGCGAUGCCGCGGUAUUCCGAGAUUCCCCUGUCGCUCGCGUCUCUUCCUCCGGCUCGAAUGGGAAAAAGCAAGCCGCUAAAGUCUUUAAACCACUAAGGACCGUCACAAGAAGACUCGCGGGACGCUUCUUAAAAACAGACUACGGUUCAACGGCACAUUCGUUGGUGGAGAACGCCGAACGUAGUCGGUCCUCUCGAGGGCCAUCCGUCCGUCGAACCCGGGUUACCAGGAACGCCAAAGGCAAGGCUCUGGCAUCCCGGAAGAAUCUUGAUGCUGGGAAAGAGCACUUGCUGCCACAUCGCGCUGAUUCUCUCGAGGAGGAGGAAGAAAUCGUGUCCUCCGACGCGUCUGAAGGAUUGUUCAUAGGAAACAGACACAGCGAGUCCUUUCCGUCGCACCACCCGAUUUCUUCUCAGGAUACUGUUCUUUGGUUUGAGCUCAUGUUGCGCCAACUAGCGCUCCUUCUCAUUGUGUAUCAAAUUGGAGCGCGUUUUCCUUUGUAUACUGCAAACAGUGCCAAAGUACUAGAAUAUGUAUCGGUUGCCUGGUUGACAUGUUUGGUGAUCAUUUUUGUGAGUUGGGUCCAAACAGUGACCCCACCAGAGGCUUCAGAACUCUCUGAACCCCGACUAUCGGAAGGGUCACCCAAACUUCAGCAAUGUGCGUCGCAUUUGACAGAGGAAUCUCAACCUCUCCUUCUCGGCGAGGUCGAAGAGGGGCUCGAAGGCGAGGCCGUCGGCUUGGAAGCUACUUCCGGUUAUAACACGGCAGACAAAGAAGGGUCAGAGCCACCAUUUUCUCAACCGGGGCCGGUUUCCCCUGAUGCUGUCUCCGCUCCGGCACGUACGGUAGUCCACCCAGCAUUAACGCACUACUACAUUAUUGAUACGCAGAAGAACGAGCGCAUCUUUCCCAACGACAUGCAGGCCAUGGGCCGACUGGAUACGGAAUACUUUUUGGGGAAUAUGAUGAUAUUGAUUCGUACCCCGGAUGCAGAUGAUCCUAGUGCUACCUCAGGAAAGCCGGAAAACUGGACCACCUCCGCUUAUUUGCGCGGAAAGCAACGUCGAUUCGAGUUUCAGUUCCAGGUCCAACUCAAAAAAAUCCCCACUGGCCGUGUAUAUUUCGCGACGGAGCUCCAGGAACCUGUUAAAAUGGGGAUGAUCCAACGGGCAUUUGUAUCUGCCGCCAUGGCUUUUGUCAAAACUACCAACAAAUCUUUCCAUUACAGCAUCACUGGAAGUUCACCCUCUUCGGAUGGCAAGUACGAAAAGCCACACAUGUCCUUUCCUGUCGAAGAAGGUAUGAACCGGGUAGUGGCAACCCCAAAAGGACAACUUCCACCUCAGCUAGGGACAGUUAUUGAAGAAGACGACGCCUCGGUGGCCCGGCGUAAAAAGGGUGCUCGCAUGGACUGGAAACUCGACGAAAUUUACACCUUUGCACUAUGGAGUCAGUAUGUGGAUUUUUUGGAAUGGCGUGUACUCAAUUUGCCUGGCAUUCGACCAUUUAAUCUGACUAGCGUCAUUGGAACAGAAGCGAUUCGAUUGGUUCUGUACGAGAUUCCGGACAAGGCCGAUAAGCAUUAUCGUAAGGACAUGCAGACGAUUAUAACAAUAGAGAUGUCUAAUGCCGAAAGAAGUGGUAUGGGACCAGCGGCCCGGAAGUGGACCAAGACCAAGACGACGAAUCAAAAUCUGGUCGAUACAGAACCCGAGCAGGUCCCAGGAACUUCAGAGAACGUUGAUACUGGAGAUCACUUGGCGAGUCGAGACUCUUUCGGUGGCGAGGUAGAUGGCGAUGUCGAUUUGCCGUCGGGAGUGCUAAUAGAUGAGGCCGAUGAAGAGGCUGUGGCCGAAUUGGGGGGAGGAAUCUAUGUUCGAAGUGGUGAUCAGAUUUCGCUUCGUGAAUCCAACGUGGAUAGCAAUUUGAGCGAAAACCUGUCAUCUUGUUUUGUAACCGCUGGUGGGGGCUUUGCUGUAUUGCAGGAACAAAGUUCAGAAACGAUUGUUAUAGAAAAAGUUACCAAAAGUCGACGAUCUGCAGGCUCUCAACUAAUCCACAGCGGGGAUGUUGUACGCUUCAAGCUUGAAGCCAAGGGAAAGAAAAACAAUGAAAUCGAGUUCAAGUAUCUUUCAGUUCACCGCGGUUGGUGGCUGAAAUGGGUGUCGACUCCUCCCUCUAAGAACGGCCACUUCACACUUUUAACACACGAAACAGAGUACAGUGUGAAUGGUGAAGAACAAGUCCGGUCCGCUGAAACACAAUCUUCCUAUCUCACAUUGGGAGGAUCAUUCUGGUUGCAACAUAAGCGCUGGUCCAAAUUUAUGGUUGGCGUUUCCGCUGAAUCAUCGGCUACCUAUGGUGGACGAAUGCUCGGCUUGUACUCAAGAAAGGAUAGUGUUGGAGGACCUUCCGAAGAUCCGUAUCUAUCUGACGAAGGCGAGGUUCAAGAGCUAGAUCAACUGGUGUGUAAUUAUGAAAAAGGAAAAUCCAAUUGGAUGCGUCCGUUGCAGCUGAGAGCAUACGAAAGUUACAGCUGUACAGUUCCAACGGGGACGGUUACUGUUAAGACUGAGAGCGACGAUCAAUCAGUGGAGGAAUUGGCUGAUAAUGAAAAGGUGGAUUUGGUUUUCUCUUCUGACGACUUUCAAAUGGAUGCGCCGGCCUGGUUGGAGAUCAUGAAUAGAAGGGAACGCAUACGGCAGCUGACGUACGCUGUCCGAGUACUCCCAGCAGAGGAAACGCUCUCCGAUGCUGGAACGAGUGAUGAUGAGUUUCAGACGGAAGACGUAGGGCCACCGCCGGUUCUUGGUGCAUUCAUUCGUCUCCGCACUGGCGCGGAACUUGCUCAGAUCAUGCGAGUUGGUCUUAAUUGGAGACACAGUCAAAGCAUCACACGACGCAAAACGAUACCGCAGAGCAGUUCAAUGUUAUCGGUGUCCCCUUCGCCUGGCACACCAAACUCCCCCAAACGAAAGUCGGCCUCAAUACCACUGUCACCUGAUUCCAUCGAAGAGACCAGCAUGCCAUAUCAGUUUGAAGAAGAAGACAGUGAAUAUGAAUGGGACGGCGAUGCUGAAACGACUGACGAUGUUGAGAUGUUAAACGUUGCGUAUGAAGGGGAAGACACAACUGACAGGCGCCCGAGGAAAGGUAGGAAGUUAAUCGGAAAAAUCGCAAAAUCGGUAAAGCGCCACUCCACCACAACUGGCAAGAGUGUUGUACGACGGAGUUUAAAGGUUGGUAAAGGCACUGUGUCGGCAGGAAAGGCCAUCAUUGCCCCCAGCGUCAAGGUAGGAAAAGGAACUGUUUCUGCAGGAAAGGCCAUCAUUGCACCGAUUCGUCACAAGAAUCCUCCUGAGAGAGAACCAAAAGCUAAAGUACCGGGCGACCGCAAAAUGCGCAAACGGCGUGAGCGCGAUCUACAUGCCGCAAUAAGCCGAUCGAUGAGACGAAUUGAAAAGGCAGAAUCAAAGCUGACCGCCGUUGAGUCGCCUACAUUCGUUGCUGGCGAGCUGUGCGCUCCAGAACAGUCCUGUCGAACAGUCUCGAAGAUGCUUUCGAUGAUGUCCAACUUGCCUCGUACUUCUCAGUUCUCAGAUAGUUUUAGUGAACUUUUGGCAACCCAAGUUGUAGAAGCAACUGAACAGGAUGGCUGGUUUCUACAGGGUGGUGCUCUUCAGCUUGGUGUUGUUCCUCAGGAAGACAAAGGGAAAGGACAGCUUGUCGCAGAGGGCGUUGUGGCACGAUGUUUAUGGGAAAGUCAUUGGCGAGAAGAAUGGUAUGGUAUGUACGAGAGCUGUGUUCAGUUCUAUGCCCCCUUGAGUAAAGUACCGUGCCUGGAACUUUCCUUCCAAGAUAUUCAAUCAAUACGACGCCUUGGCUCAGGGGCCCGCAGCCCUUUGCCUGGAUUCCCCAUGCUAGUUAUUGAAACAGCAUGGCUGUGCCACUAUGCUGUCUUCUCCGAUGAAACAGCAUUGGACAAUUUUAGCGCGAAAGCGCGCCUUCUCUUGGAAAACUAUAGUCCAACGGACGGUCUUGAUCCCAACUUGGACGACAACGUCUUAUCCAAAGCUCGCUUUUGGCAAGGCUUUCAAAGUUCGGUGGAGUCUUCGCUAUCCUUUGGGAAGGGAAAGUGGGCCGAAAUCUUUGUUGGAAAGCAGGCCAAACGUCGAACCAUCUUGAACGGACGUCGGAUGAAAUUUGAUUUGGAUGCGAUGGACAUUUCUACCAACGAAUUUGUGCAAGGUCUUCUUUCGGCUUCCUUAUCUUUUUCCCUUGACUCUUUGACUGAAGAUCCUGGCGCUUUGAUUCGUUUCCUGGAUGCCACCAGCUACUUACGCACGCUUACUUUGCAAGACUUGAAUCUGAAAAGCGCUUCCACGUUUUGCGUCUUUGCCAACUUGUACCAUUGCCUAUUGCAACAUACGCUGUUGCUCUCAGUCAAUGGUCCGUUGAAAAGGAGUUCGUACGAGCACAUUAUGCGCACUUCUUGCUACGAAAUAGGCGGAGACGUCUUUUCUUUGGCAGAGAUUCAGAGCUGCAUUAUUCGAGGUCAGUUGUCCCGUCCGGUGGUGCCCAAGGCCCCCUACGUGGAGACUUCCAAACAAUCCCGAUCGUACCGAUAUUACGCGUUGGGAUACACGACACCCCGUGUCAAUUUUGUUUUAAAUUCGGGACACGCUUUCAGUCCGAAAGAGGUUCCUAUACUGGAUCCUGAAACUCUGGAAAGUCAACUCAACACUGUCACGGCAGAAUUCAUUCGUCGCAAUAUUCGGGUCGACUCGAGCAAAAAGACGAUUGUGUUGCCCAAGGUGUGCGACGUCUACCGCAACGAUUUUGGGACAGACUUCAACGGUAUGAACCAUGCCGCCCUGAUUUACUGUAUGAGCUAUUUGGACGAAAGCAUGGUAAAGACUAUUCGAUCCUUUGUCCGGGACGAGCCCAUAAUCAAGUACCAGUUUGCGAUCGACCAAUACCACUCAGUCUUGGAAGCCAAAGAUGCGUACCCCGUUUACAACCAGGAUGACCAAGGCGAAACAGAGACCAGGAGUGAUUUAAAAACAUAGUACAUUGAUUGUUACCU